GACGGUUCGCGUCCCGCUCUCCCCUCUCCGGGACGCAGGUGACCCUUUCUCUUCGGGUCGACUGGACGCGGAGUGCGCGGUGGAGAGCGACAUGGCAGAAAACCGAGAGCCCCGUGGGGCCGUGGAGGCCGAGCUGGACCCCGUGGAGUACACCCUGCGAAAGCGGCUGCCGCACCGCCUGCCCCGCAGGCCCAAUGACAUCUAUGUCAACAUGAAGACUGACUUCAAGGCCCAGUUGGCGCGCUGCCAGAAGCUGCUGGACGGAGGGGCGCGGGGUCAGAACGGCUGCUCCGAGAUCUACAUCCAUGGCCUGGGCCUGGCCAUCAACCGUGCCAUCAACAUCGCCCUCCAGCUGCAGGCGGGCAGCUUCGGCUCCCUGCAGGUGGCCGCCAACACGUCCACCGUGGAGCUGGUGGACGAGCUGGAAACGGAGAGCGAUGCCAGAGAGCCGCUCACGCGCAACCGCAAUAACUCGGCCAUCCACAUCCGCGUCUUCAGGGUCACCCCCAAGUAACCCAAAGGGUGGCUGGUCAACCCUCAGUGACAGGGCCCCAAGAGUCCGCAGCUCCAGGACUCUGAAUCUGGGGCAGAAGGGAUUUGGUCACACCUGGCGAUGCUCAGGCCUCUCUCCUGACUCUGCUCUGAUCACAGGAGGUCACUCUUGGCGGAUUUGGGAAAAUAUAUGGGGUGCAGGAUAUGGAACACAUGUCUGCGGAUUUGGGGAAAUAUAUGGGGUGCAGGAUAUGGAACACAUGUCUGUCCUUGUUCUCGCUACUAUUUCUUCUCUCCAGCCCCCAAGGACUCUUGAAUUGGGGAGGGCACAAGGGCGGGGAAGGGGUGAUGUUGUCUAUGUUCAGUUAUAGUUGUCUUAGACAAUAAAGAGUAGUUAGUUGUGGUGUU